AUGCUGAUCUCGGGUCUCGAUAACGUCGAAAUUGCCUCCUCCGCUUCCACUUUGCUCGUCUUCAUCUGUUACUGUUUCUGCGGGUUGCUCGUUCCCCCAUCCGCAAUGCUGCACUUCUGGAGGUGGGUAUACCGCGCCAACCCGUUCACAUACCUCGCCACCGGAUUCAUCUCGACCAGUCUCGCUCGGGCACCUAUGCACUGCGCUGAUCAUGAAUACAAGACAUUCCGUGCGCCGCAAAAUCAGAGCUGUGCUCAGUACAUGUGCGGCUAUAUCAAUGACAACGGCGGUGCACUCGUCAAUCCUGGCGCAAUUGGCAACGGCGAAGACUCGGUGCAUGGCUUUGGAGUGCUGUGGGUGUAUGCGGCAUUUAACAUUUUCAUGGCUGUUUUCCUCUAUUGGCUUCUCCGAGUGCUGAAGAAGAACAAGAGGUAG